AUGGUGACAGAAGGAAUCAAAUUAAAAAUUCCUCUGUCAAGUUCCAGGGUCUUAAUUACAUUUUACACAACAACAGUUGUUGGGGUGCUGGACAUGAUGCCUUCAGUGACAGAGAAGUUUAUAACACAUUUAUUGCCAUAUUUAUUGGAAGGACUUGGGUCCAGAAUAUCUGAUCUUCUAGCUUCAUCUUACAUGAUAACAGCCCAACUCUGUUUUAAGUGUAACAUGGAGGAAACUUUGGUGAAGUCUCUCACUGAAAGUAUUUGUAAGGUGAGUACAUUUUCACAUUGCAAUGUAGUCAAGGCUUCUUGUACAUUUUUGACAUAAUAGGCUUUGAGUAUAUUGAAAACAUCUGUUACCUGGGGUCAACCCAAAAUCCAGACAUCUCACAACUUGUUGUGGUAUAGUGUACAGACACGGACUUCAGAUUUGGGUGGGAACGGUUUUAGAUUUAUAUUCCAGAAAGAUGUCCAUUCAUUAAUAGAGAUUGAAGUUAAAUGGAGCAAAAAUUCAGCUGCAACCAGUCUAAAGAACAAGCCAGUCAUUAAUUCCUAGGAGCAUGUCUGAAUAACAAUAUCAUCACAAAUGAGGGAAUAAACAAGUAGAAGGCUUAUGAAUUCUUGCAAUAAAGCCUCAGUCCUAUAGUUAUUGAAUGUCAUACAGUCGACUCUCUCUUAACGGACACCUCUGUAAAAUGGACACCUAGAGUUGGUCCCUGCCUUUCUUUACUCCUUUUAUUUGACUCUCUAUAAGACGGACACCUCUCUAAGAUGGACACUUAGUGCUGGUCCCAAAGGUGUCCGUCUUAGAGAGAGUUGACUGUAUAAUUAUUUAAUUUUAUCAUAGAAUCUAAAACCAAGCCUUGCGGUUGAAGGACUUGCUUGUCUAACCUACCUUUGCCAGUCACAAGACAUCAAGAAACUGUCGAAAAGGUACAUAGUUUGUUUUGUUAUACGUGUUUUGCAUAAAUAUCACUGCCUUCAGUAAAUCUUUCAACUGUAACCUAGCCAAAUGCCUGUGCGUGUUUGAAGAAUAACCCCCUGAGAACAAAUCUUUAGUUGAGUCACUUUCUAAUGCUCAAAUCACUGAGCAACUGACUGACUGUCUGGUAUCUUGACUGUCCAACUGACCCACCAACUGAUUGACCUUUCUGACCCACUGGCCUAGACUGAAUGACUGACUGCUUGUUAGGCUGACAGAUGGGAAGACCUCUGUGACUUUUACAGACUCUCAGACUUCAACUGAUGGUAUCAUUGAAAGGCAGACAGGAAGGGUGUGUUUGUAUAGAAUGGCCCAGAUCACGACUUUCGAUCCAAGAUCACUGCCUCCAAGAAACUGGUUUCAAGUGACCUCAGAUCAUAAAUCCUGAUCUGGAUCGUCCUAAAGGAAUGCACUCCAAGAUGUUGAAUGACACAUUGACUGGCAGAUAGCAUCUGAAUGACUUUCUAAAAGAAAGACCGUAGACUGUUGGCUAUUUAUUUGUUGUUUUCCUUACUCUGAAAUGCUAACUAGAAAAUUUCAUUGGCAUUUUGAGUUAUGCAAUAAUUUGCUUUUGUAGGUCAUUUAAAGCUCUUCUCAAGCAGCCAAAUCUGGUGAAGACCUUCCAGCAGCUAUCCUCCACACAUGUCAUCACUCCCCUGUUGGAAGUCAUCGUACCCCAGAUGGUGUCCGCUGGUGUAAAAAAUGAAUUAUCAGAAGAACAUGCUGAUUCAACGUCAGAAUCCUUGCUUGAAAUUACCAUGGAGUUACUGAAAAACAUUGAUUUUGAAAAGGAGUCUGUUAUCCUUGUGGGCAGGUCAGAAUCAAAUUUAUAGUAGUCAAAUGGUGACUGGCCUGAGAAGACUCAAAAUGAUGAUGAUGAUGAUGGUGACUCUUAGCUUAGUCUCUAGGGACUUAGAUCACUUCUUCGAUAACAGUGAUACAGAAAGGAAGUCACCCAAAAGAAACAGCAGAAAUUAUACUUGAAAUGAAAUUAUCCAGUGAAUGAUGAAAGUGUAUUCCCCGUGUUUGAAGGAAAGAUCCUUUUGAGAAGAAUUUUUUUGUGUUGAGUACUUUUUCUGACACUGGAUAAUUCAUAAAUCAUUACACCUUACCUUGUGGGUCAUCAUCAUCAUCAUCAUCACAGUUAUCCGCAUCAUUGUCAUUGUCGGCAUUGUUAUUAUUGUUGUCACAAUCAUCAUCAUUAAAAUCCUGAUCAUUGUCCUGAUCAUUCUCAGCAUUUUCCCCUUUUCGUCAUAUUUUUUGUCAUGACCAUUAUCAUAAACUUUUUAAUAUUACCACAUCACUCACAACAUCAUCAGUCACAGUGUAAGAGUAGUUUUUAAUAUUGUUUUACAAUGUAAUACUGUUAAUAACAUCUUUGAUUGUGUUUUUGUUUCUUUUUUUUCCCUGUAAUAGAACACUUCUUGAAGAAUAUUGCUAUGCUUGUGAAACACUCGGUGGAAACAAGAUUGAAAUAAACAAGUUAAAUGAUCAAGUGAAAGAUAUUGUACAGACUUUGGAAAGAAGGUCAGUUUGUACAUUCCUUGUCAGUUGUGAAGUUAUAAAAAAAUUAUAGCCCACUUGCUUUCUGAUUACUGGUACUUGGGAGUUUUUAUUAGUUUGAAAAAGCCUCUAUGCCAAUUCACACCAACUUAACCAGGUUUCAACAAAUGAAAGACAGACAUGGAAAGCUGGAACACAGGUUUUCACACAGGAUUCUAAUGAGAUUCAACAUGUUUUGUAAUUUGCACUACUUUUCCAGUAAGCAGCUUUUAUGAAGGAAACAAUUAUUUUAAACCAUGUUUAACUAAGCGGCUUUUAAACAUGUUUGAGCUUUGGUGUAAAUGGGGAUAAAGCUAUAGGUACUAAUUUUACAUUGUAUUUCCUUUAUAGGCAUCUCUUCUUAACAUGUAAUUGAAAAUGCUAACUGAGGUUUAUCCCUUUGGUUCAUCUAGGUACCCAACAGAACUGGAAAAGGCCAUUGAAGGACAUCUAGGGUCCCUCAGAGGUAAAGAGGAUACCCCUGAAGGAGGAGCAGGAGGUACAGGGGCCCAGACUUCUGUCUGGACAAUGGAGCUUGUUUCUAUGGCACUUACAGGGGUCCAGUCACAGGUAACAACAUCUUUUUAAAACCACUCAGUGGUCGUCCUGAAUAAUUUUUCUUUGAUAAGGUUACUUGUAUCAAAGUUUUACUGAUAAACUGAAAAGAGAUGUCAAGAGUGAUUUAAGAUAUAUACCAGCUACACAGCGUUGUAACAAAGCUGUUAUACUUUUUGUUCAGGUUAUCCCAGACACCAACACAACAUUAGUCUUGAGUCUUCAUCACCCUCAAGCGCAAAUGCGAGAAUUUGCAGUUAAACGCCUUGGAGACCUUCUGGAAGGAAAAGAGGUGAAGCUCAUAAACUAACGCUAUUUUAUAUUGAGUAUGUUUGUUGUGAUCGUCAUAUUAUUAAUUUGUAAGUUGGUAAGCAUGUGUCAGAUUUAAGCUCUAAGACUAAGAGUGAUCAGCAUCAAAUUUCUCCUGGUAAUAUCAAUGCUUUGAAACAGUCAGAGUGGUCAUGAGAAUUACGGACAUGAUCACACAAGAUGAAUUUGCUUGAUAAGGUAUCAACUUCUUGCUACUACUUCUGUAGGAAAUGAAUAGAGGCAACAAAUGAGAAUUCAAAUUUUGAUCUUAGGGUUUAAAGGGUUAUUAUACACUGUAUGGUAGUGAUGAUGGUGAUCAUCAUCCUUAUAUCAUUAGUGUUAUCUUCCUCCUCAUCAUUGUUAUUGCCAACAUUAUUGAUGAGCUCCAAUAAACUUUCUGGGUUCACAGUGCAUUUUAUUUACUCCAGUUUCUGAUUACUGCUGUUUUCAAAAACAUGCAAACUCUAAAGUUCAAAAGCCGCCUUCUCAAUUGCAUUUUUCACUGCCGUCAAUCAAUUUAGCAGACCUCUUAGGAAACAGAACUUUACUUAAACGGGUUCAAAAGGUCAUGGUUUGUGAUCUGUGAUUGGUGGAUUUUGUGAUCCGUUUUGUGUGUUUCUGUGUUUCAAGGUUCGUUGCUCUUGAUCUCAAUUAUGAUUGAUGCAUGGCAGCGAAAAAUGUAAUUGUGAAGGCAGCUUUUGAACUUUAGAGUUUGCAUGUUUGGGAAAAAUGCAGUAACCUCAACCCUAACCCUAACCCUAACCCAAGACCGUAUUUUAUAAAUUGCACUAGCAGUGAUGCACACUUUCACAUCAGAUAGUUGUUAAAAGGCAUCGACGAGACCUGGAUUCACUAAAUGACUAAAGGCUAUUAAUAGGCACGGCUUUCACUAGGGGCCGGUGGGUGGGGGGUGGGGUAGGGGUCUCCCCCAGUUACUAUGAGCAUGAUCUCUGGCUGCAUUAGUAGAAAACAAAAAGAAAAUAGAAACAAAAGAAAUUCCGUUUCAAUUUAGGUUUCUGAGAAACUGCCCACCUACCCUUCCCCUAAGCCAACAUUUUGCCCUUACUGAGAAGUAGUUGUUAAUGUUGGCUUAGGGGAGGGGUAGGUGGGCAGUUUCCCAGAAACUUAAAUUUAUCCAUUUCCUAGCUUUUCUUCCUACCCAGCUUCGCUUUUUUUCCUACCCAGUUACUAACUGUAUAUGCAUAGCUCGGAAAAUUGAAAUCUUAAUGACAUCCUUGGAUAAAAUACCAAAAAUUGAUUUGAUCUAAUACUAUCCAGGCUUUGUUGACGGUGGUCAUUUUUAAUUUCUUGAUAAUGUUGUAGGGAGCACCAGAAGACAAACAGUUUGUUACAGAGUCUCUACUUUCACGACUUCAAGAUGAUGAUCCAGCGGUUGUUACAUGUGUGCUUAAGCUAGGCAAGGUUGGUUUGUGGACUCUGCGGACGUCUCUAAUACUGUACAUUCAGAGACUGUCCUGUGGCAUUUUAGAUAUAAUAAAGAAUGACAAGUUAAUUUAACAACCACCAUGUCAAAGAAGCCAAAUAUUAAUAAUAAACUAGCAUGAUUACAGCUUCUUUUUAUCUUCCUUAUUACGCUCAUAUGAGACACUGUUUGUUACUAAAUUAAAUCUAGCUCUGUAGAAGGGUAAUUACCCUUAUUGGAAAUUAAUGUGUAUUUGAGGGAAAAGGUGUGAUUGAAGUCUGAUUAAAGUGCUUGCCUUUCUUUUCCAGCUCCUUGCUGAUAAUCUUCCUGGCUCUCAGUUUGUGCAAGAGGUGUUGAAGCUGUUGAAUAAGAGAUCCUCCGACUGGUUAGCAUUAAUACAUAAUUAAAUAAUUUACAGACAAAAUCUUCUUAUAAUAAGCAGACACCCAGGUUAGGAAGGAGAAAAAUUUCGAGAUGGCCAUAGGCUGGGAAGCCUUCUACUUCAAUAGUGUCUGCUCAUGGAUCUUAAACCUAUUUAUUUUUUACAUUAUUUGAGUAGUUUCAUUUCUGAUUUUACCAGCAACCUAUGUACUUUCAGAUCACAGAUAUUUAUAUAUGCACAUGUAAAUUCACAGGGAUGAAGUGAAAGAAGAAGCAUUGCUGUUGCUUGUUGGUGACUGGAUAUCUGCUAAUUCAACACUUGUUGACAGUAUCUUGUUUGGCUUGUUACCCUACUUCUUCCUUUAUCGUCAUUCCCAUGUGACAGCAGUUCACCUCUCAGUGACAGUCAGCAAAUCAGUGCUAGCUGCCCAGCAUCCUCUGUUGUCUGGAAUGAAAGACUUUGUCAAAAAGAAAGGUAGUUUGUUAGCUUAUUUUCCAGUGUGUCAUCUAGUGCACUGGUCUCAGGUAGCCUACAUUUAUAUGAAACAUUGAUGUUUCCAGUCACAGAAUGAUCACGUUUCUUUUAAGCCAAGAAGCACAUUAAUGGUGUAAUAUUUUAGGUUGAAGCAGAAGAGGCAAUUUUGUUUCAGCUGUGCGACAAUUUUAGCGAUAAAAUAUUUCUCAAAUUUCAGAGCAGUUUUUGUUUUAAUUUUCUGCUGUGGCACUAAUAACUUGGGGUUGUAUGCAUCAGAGUGAGCAAGUGACAGAUGGUGCACACUAGGUGAAGUGUUGUAAUAAAUUUAAAAUUUAUAGUAAUUUUGUAUUUGUGUAAUAAAUAUCUCAACAAUUAGAAUGGAAGAGGUGUAGCAAGAGUUCUGAUGCUGAUAGUCUUGCCUUGGCCAACAGCCUGUUAUUCCACUGGCUUGGAGAAAAUCUGAUGAAGUUGAAGGAGAAAAAACUGUUAGAAACAGUAAGUUCAAAAAUUUUUUGAUGGCUCAUUGGUUUUGUUUCCAAUAAAACAGAAAAGUUCCCGCUGAGUAGGAGUACCUAGGAUCUUAAAAUUAUUAUUGUUGUUGUUAUUGUUAAUUUUUUUUCCAUUUGAUUGAUAAAGGAUCUUUUCCACAGAUUUUAAAGUUUGAAAUGUGGAGAUGAAGUGAAAAAAGUGAAAUGUGAUACUUAAAUGCAGGCUAGGAGCAAACCUAGGGUUAAAAUAUUAAAGCCAUUAUUUUCAUCAUUUUUGCAAACACAUGAGGGGUACAUAAGUGUGAUUUUUUUUAAUAUCCUCUUUUCCGUCAGGUGCAAAGUAUGAUGAGUCAUGCCAAGGAUCUUGCAGAAGAGAGCCUGUUUCACCCACUUCUAAAAUGCCUGUUAUGUAGGGUGGUAUCCAUGACAACAGGCCAAUCUAAGGAGACGUUAUGCCAUAUUGUAGCAGGGUUUAUCAUGCCUGACCUUUGGAAAGUAGCAAGACUCCAAGGAAAUUAUGACACACCUGAGGUAGUUUGUAUNAGUGUGAUUUUUUUUAAUAUCCUCUUUUCCGUCAGGUGCAAAGUAUGAUGAGUCAUGCCAAGGAUCUUGCAGAAGAGAGCCUGUUUCACCCACUUCUAAAAUGCCUGUUAUGUAGGGUGGUAUCCAUGACAACAGGCCAAUCUAAGGAGACGUUAUGCCAUAUUGUAGCAGGGUUUAUCAUGCCUGACCUUUGGAAAGUAGCAAGACUCCAAGGAAAUUAUGACACACCUGAGGUAGUUUGUAUGUGCCUGUUUAUAAAGUUAAACCUUUUUUAAAUGCCCUGUCAUUUUGAUGAAAAUUAAGGAUAACCAUUUCUUAUGUCGUGUAGUGGUUGCUUGCUUUCAGAGACUUGAAAACAGAAAGUCCUUUUUUCCAGUCUGGCCAAAAUGAAGAUUUUCAAACUUUGUUGUGUAAAAUGGUGAAAAACAAAAAACCCCAUGUUAAAGUUCUGACAAACAGGUUUUUAUUUGAAUGGUCACACUGCAGGAUUUCGUCCACAGACGUAAAAGUUAGAACCACCAUGCAAGACUCUAACAUUCACUCUGGGAGUAAUGUUGAAUUUAAUGAAAUAGAAAAAUGAAAUCAGUUAUCUUAUCUUUAAACAUUCUUGUUAUAAUCUUCCUGAUUCAUUUUGAACUAUUUUUCACCUUUUAGAGUGAAGUUUCAGAACAAGAUGAAAGUGGGAGUGUUCCACUUCCACUGUUAACCAGUCUGGUGAAGUUUCUUGGAAAGCGCAGCACCAAGCGAUUGAAUCAUGCUAUAGGGGCCAUCACACUUCAGCUGUGUAGCAAUUUGUUGAAGAGCGUACCAUCUAAAUCAGCUGCUUCCAAUGGUAAGAGAAUUUCCUGUAAAUUUCAUUCUUCUUCACCUGUAUGUUCUUAUUAUUAUUUAACAAAUUCUCUUGAAAAUACGAUGCGAAAGAAUGACAUUCUAUUAAUUAUUUCCAUUAAGGUAUUUUAUUAAUUCUGAUGAUCUGUUUGUUUGGCUAUAAACAUUGACAUUUUAAACCCUUACAUUAAAUUAUUUUGGGGGCAGAUUAGGUAAUUUAUCUACAGGUAUAUUAUCUAGGGGUAAAUUAAAUUUUCUGGCCAAAAUAGUUAAAGUUCUAUUUUUAGAUAUGCAAACCAUCAAAACAGAAAGGAGACCUUUAAUAUCUUGGAAAGUUUCUAGAAUCUGGUAGCUCCAAUCUCAUUCUUAACCUUCCACCCUUUACUUGUUUGAAAGGCAAUGAAAUAUUAAUUUUGGUUCAUAUAUGUGGUUUUCCAGGUCAUUGGUGGUCCUCUGAAAAUACCAGUUAUGAUGAAGGAUUUUACACUAAGGUGAUUAACAGUUUGUUUGUAGUAAUACUCUUUAAUAUGUUAAGUUGGGACUUUUGUUCUGGUUGUGAGCCUCAGCACUAUUAAAGUGGUUACAUAGCAAGUCUUUUAUUUUUUCACUUAUUUUGGUGACCCAUGUGAAGUAAUAAUUUGUUUUUCUAUCCAGCUAUUGGUAUCACUCUUUGAGGUGGUGGCAUUUGGGAGUGGCACAUCAACAUCACAUCAAAUGCAGUUUAAAACGUUACUGAAGGAGAUAUUUGAGGUAUGUUUUAUGGCAUGGGGAAUAACAGAGGACACAUUCUUGUAUUAUUUGCUCAUUUUGUCAAGGUUAAUUUAAAGGCCUUUCACUUGCUCUCACUUGCCUUGUAUUUUUUUAAAAGAAGAAUUCUCACUGGCAUUGAGAGUGAAGUCAAACCCUCUCACAGUUAUCCUUUGAAAGCUAUACUGUAUCAGUCUUGAAAGCCUUGUCCAGUAUAUUCAAUAUAAGCAGAAUUUCUUUCCCAUUAGAGAGAGGUAACUUUGUGUAACAAAAUACAGUUUGAAUAAAAAUGUAAGAGUCAAUGGCUCAGUCAAUGGGAAAACUGCAGCAUUGUGUUUUUUACUUACAGUCUGACAAAUCAUGGAAUUAUUUAACCUGAGAUGAAGGAUUUACUUUAAACUGUAUACUUUUUGCAGUUCCCUGUACAAACUAACAGAAUUUCAAGUAGUAGUGUUUUAAAUAGUUCAUGACUUUUUGUCCUGGUAAUAUUAUCUUUCAGUUCCAGCUUGCUGACAAGGUUGUCUUGUUGAAGUUUCUGGGACAUCUGUGGUGUAAACCACCCAACAGGGGAGAGGAGAGUGUGUCAGCUCUACUUCAAGUACAAUGUCUCCACAUUGCAAAUGUCUGUCUUAGCUCUGUGUCGGGAAAAACAGUCAAGGAGCUGUUUAAGGCAACAUGCACAGGUGUGUAAUCAUUGGUAGGGUUCUCCAGAAAGUUUAAUGUAGAGGGAUAAAAAAUUCCUAGCAGGCAUCAGAAAGAGUGAUCUAAGAAGAGAGAGCCUUCCAAUUGGAGUAGCUGUGCUAGCUAGUAGAGAGGCUUUCACCGGUGGCAUUUCACAAAGUCUGACAUGUUGACUACUACAUCACCAUGUUUUAUACCACAGCAGUUUACUAACUAUCUUGAUUAGAUCUGGAAUCUACAUAUAACAGCUACAUUUUUCUUAAAAUAUAACUUUUUUAAGGUUACUUAAAUAAAAAAUAAGAUUUACCAAUUUUUUUUUUCUUUUCAGUGAUUCCUUCCUUAAUUGUUCCAUUAUGCAGCCCUGUAUCAUCAGUCAGGAAAUCAGCCAUUGCCUGCAUCAAAACUCUCAAUUCAAAGCUUCCACAGGGAUCCCAAGCAGUCACCAUUACUGCAUUAGUUAGAGUACUGACGGAAAAUGCUGAAGAACUGGCUGCUGACCCUGAACAGCUUUCAAAGGUUUUUGGUGAAUUUUUUAAGCCUUUGUCACCACAUGACAAGCCACGCCCAAAGGAUUCUGCUGAAAUAAGGGGUGCGAAGAACACACUGAAAUAUCUUUUACAACAUUUGGUUUCCAGUGACGUGCCUUCUUACAUCAGAAGAAUCAUUCUUUCAUCUUUGAGAAAAGUGGAUACCCAGGUAGGGAUUUGAUUAGCUUUCAUGUACAGUAUAUAUGACUUUAGGUAAAACUUUAGGCAGGUGACUAUACCAUAGGGGAGGACUUUUGGAUCGCUGAGAGUUCCCCAAAAGAAUGCCAAAUUUAAUUCUGUAAGAUACUUAAAACAUAUAGCAGCAAUUGACAGAGCACCUAAAGAGGUCUAAUAUGAAUGGUAACACCACAGGAUUUCACCCACAGACUCCAAAUUUAGAACUACAAUGUACAUACUAAUGAAAUAGUACCAUACGAAAGUAACGUUGAAGAAGAUAUAAUGUGUCACCCUAACUUUUAAAUCUUUGGAUGAAAUCCUGUACUUAAGACUUUCACACAUGUUUUGUUCUUUAUGUAGGAUAUUUUGCAGAGUCUUUUGCCACUGCUGGAAACGCUGUUACAAAAAUGCAGUGACAACACACCUGCCUUGACGGAAGAUGAAAGCAUUGUGCUUCAGCUGAUAGUGCAGAAGUAUACGACACAUACUGCCGCCCUGCUGCAGUUAGAGUCUUCCCCUUGGGAGUUGUUAUCAAGGAUAAUGUCCCUAACAACAAGCGUGUGUCCUAGACACCCACCACCUAUUAUGACAGUUCUUGGCCAAGUUUCAAACAGAUUUUUCCAGGCACUGCCAGCAGGGGAGCUACGGCAGCAUUUGUUCAAGAGUCUCGUCGACACAUUGUUUGAAACAAAAGAUGUCACUGUAGGCAAUGCAGUCAAAAAUACUAUUUUGAAGGUGAGGUGUUAUGUGAGCUUGAUUGGUUUAAUAAUAAAAGUCAAACUUAACACCAACAUGUACCAACUUCAGUAUGGUUAGAUAUUUGAAUAAUGACCCAAUGGAAAUUACAUUAAUUUUUUACUAGUCAUUUUAAUCUUUGUUAGGCUUUUGGUAGCUGUUCGUUGUACUAUAUGCUAAGCAGAUAUUCUUAUUUUGCCCAUUAAUAUUUUGUUGCUUUUGGCUUAGGAUGUACAUAUAAGUUUAUUGGGCUGGCAAAGAUGGAAAAAUGAUAAUAUUAUUUCUUCUUUUAUUUAGCUCACAUUAACAGCAGAUCUGAUAACUGAGGAAAUUUUGAAGUUGAAUACAGACAAUGAGAACAAGCCAAAGAAGAAGAAAGUAAAAAGGUUGGUGUGUUACCCAAGAAUCUGAUAAGGGUAUUCAAUUUCUAAUGGCCAUUGUUCAGCUUUUGUAAAAGGUAAUUGUUGGGGUUAGUAUAACAUACACUGUAUUGGCAAAGUCACAUAAUACACCAUGAAAAUUAUCAACUGAAAUGAAAUAUUUGUUAUGUAGAUCAGCUUUUACUUCCUUUUCUUGCUACUGAGGUUCAUAGACCAAUGCUUUAAUUCUUCAGUCUAUUCUAGAUGAAGUUAAUUUAACUUAUGUUGUACUUUCUCAUUUCUUACUUACCUGUACAAUAACCAUGCAUAGCCCUUAUAUUUUAUUUUACUGCCUUUUUUUGUUUUCCCAUUAAGGUCGCAACAGCAACAGAAAGUUGAGGAAAAUGAAGCAAAUAAUCAGCUUCAAAGAGUAACAGUCAUCCUAGAGCUUCUGCAGCAUAAGAUCAACAUUGAAGAACCACACAGGCUUUUGCUGACUUUAUUUGGCACUCUUACCAGGUAUGCAUGAAUCCACUAAAUAUUCAUUCUCUUCCUUUUGACAUGCACUGUAAAAUCUUGAUGUUUUUGAAUUCUGAAAAUGUUAGCACCCUUCUAAAAUAAUGUAAACCCACUUGUCAAGGUCAGAUAACAUGCAUGCAUACUCUUUAUUUUGCACAGUGUAUUCUGUAUUUUGUGUGUAAAAAGGCAGAUAUUGAUAUUAACUUGUUGAUGUAUUGACUUCACGCAGAUGUGUAGAGCUGGAUCAUAGUCAGGUGGCCUCAGAAUAUAUCAUGCAGCUUGUAUUUUCCCUGAUCAACAGUAUCUGUGACAAACUCUCUGGUGCAGGUGAGUUUCUUGGUAAGGCACAUGACUGGAUGGUUAUAAGGCACCCUCCACAAGAAUCUGGACAUUUUUGAAACCAGAUUUCGUUUUACCCGCAUUUCUGUGGAGGGGGUUUUGGAGGGCAGUUUCAAAAUGAUGCAGUUUUGGUGAGCAGAUUCACUGGUGUCUUGUGGAUGGAAGGUCGAUCUGUGUAAAUUAAUAUACUUAUGUGGUUUCAAAAACAUCUGGAUUCAUGUUGACAUGGCCUAUAAAGCAAAAGGGUAGGGAAAUUGCACUGACUUAUUAUCUAAUCACCAUCUUUAUCAUGUUUUUUCGUAUAGGUGGUGACCUUCACCUCUUGCAGUUAUUGCAAUAUUAUAUUAUAUUUUCUAAUUUUUGCCUCUUGCAUACCUGAGGGUUUAAAUGUUUGAAAUAUUCUUACUAAGAAAUUCUUUCUUCUCAGCAGAUGUUGUCCCUGAGGAUCAAUUUGAUGUUGAGCUGAUAGUACAAUGUAUAAGGUCCUCUGAAAGUCCACAAACUCACAAUCAAGCUCUGUUGUUACUUGCAACAGCAGCAAAGUUCUUUCCAGUAAGUANUAUCUGGAUUCGUGUUGACAUGGCCUAUAAAGCAAAAGGGUAGGGAAAUUGCACUGACUUAUUAUCUAAUCACCAUCUUUAACAUGUUUUACCGUAUAGGUGGUGACCUUCACCUCUUGCAGUUAUUGCUAUAUUAUAUUAUAUUUUCUACCUUUUGUCUCUUGCAUACUUGAGGGUUAAAAUGUUUGAAAUAUUCUUACUAAAAAAUUCUUUCCUUUCAGCAGAUGUUGUCCCUGAGGAUCAAUUUGAUGUUGAGCUGAUAGUACAAUGUAUAAGGUCCUCUGAAAGUCCACAAACUCACAAUCAAGCUCUGUUGUUACUUGCAACAGCAGCAAAGUUCUUUCCAGUAAGUACAUUUUUUCUGUCUCCACUCUUAUACAAUGUACUGUUACUGUUGCAGCAAGACUUUUUCAACAGUGGCUCAAAAAUCAUUGCAGAUGAAUUUAAUGGUCUUUAUGUGUCAGUAAUGAAUGGCAUUGAAAGGGUUGCGUGUUUGUCUCCGGUUUGCCUGUAUGCAUUCAAAGGAACACUACCCAGGGAUGGUGUAGCAAUUUUCUGACUCCAGCUCUAAAGCUAACCACCAGAUAAAUCUUUCUCCAGCAGAUAACACAACUGGUCCAUUAACAGGUAUCCACUGAAGACUCAUUCAUCCAGUGCAUAGUGCUUAUACCCAACAUUUGAACUAUUAAGACCGGUCUAGACAAUGUAGACUUAUCACCUUCCCCCCACUGAAUGUUCAGUGUACAAGGAUUAUAUUUUUAUGGUUGUAUUGUUCAUAGUAAUUGCUAACCCAAUUAAGUUAGACUGAUGAUAAUUUAGUGGAAUUUAAAUUGUAACAUUUCUUACAGGAAAAGGUGUUGCAUAAUGUGAUGCCAAUCUUCACGUUUAUGGGUGCUAGUGUUGUACGUAAGGAUGAUAGCUACAGCUUUGAAGUCAUCACUAAAACACUGGAUACAGUUAUUCCAGCUUUGAUCCAAGUACGUGACUAUUGUAGUGCUUUAGUGCUUACAGCCUUGGUGGAUAACACCCUCCUCGAUCUCCCUAAUUCUUCAGAUGAUACGAAAGCCAAAUUCAAUAAUAAUUAUUAUUGUCUUAUUAUUCAUUCAAAGUAAAUUCCCAGUUUUAAAACAAGCUAAAACAUGCUUACCUCCAUCAAGUUCAUUGUUGAUAAUGCCUGUUUAUUGGCAAGUUUUUAGAAGAUAAAGGGGUUUUUUCAGUUCUGCAAAUAUCCUCCAAAUAGCAGAUGUCAUCCGUCGAGUUGUAUUCUUGCUAUGUUUUUAGCCAAUAGUUUGCCUAUUUCUUCCUCUUGAAACGAGUGAAAUGUUUUGCCGUUUUGUCCUCACUACCAAAACAACUCAACCUCUUCCCCAGGUCUUCUUGGUUAACUGUUCAAUAAUCUGGUAAUUUUGCUGCACACAAAUUCUUCCAAAUGUUGUCAACAGUAGCUGGUUAUGAUGAAUUAUACGCAGGAUUUUAACCAAUCGGAAACAGGGAAAUAUUUUGAAUGAAUGACAAUACUUAUUAUCACUUAUACUAUUCGUAUUGUUAUCGUACCCAGACUGCUUUAAGUCCAGUGAGUGAUGAAAAACGUUUUCCCCGUGUUUGAAGGAAAGCAAAUUCCUUCUGAGAAGAAAAAAACAUGUUGAGUUACUUUCUGACACUGGAUUGAUCAAUGUCUUAUACAAGCUACAUGUACCAGUAAAUGAUUCUGUGAUUGAGCAAGGAACAAGCAGACCUAUUGCAUGUCUGAUUUAGCUACUUGACUGACUGAUAAAUCUGAUUGAUCAGAGCAGCUACUUGCUGUAUUUGCCUGAAUAACAGUCAUACUGCCUGACGUGACUUAAUGAAUUUCUGACUGGCAGAUGACUGCCUGACUUGUUGAUACAAUUGACUUUCAUGCACUCACCUGCUACCAAACUGCCUUACUUACCUGGCUUACUGACUGACUAUCAAACUGACUGCUCUGGUAACUAAAAGACCUACUGAUGGACAGAAGGGAGACAGACAGACAGACUGACUGACAGCAGCACAUCGACUGACCUACAGAUAGAUUUUAUGGGUGUGAGAUGGACCAGUGAACUAGUGAGAUUCAUCAAAGUGCAAAAUGUUCUUGAUCUAAUGCUGUGCUUUGCAUAAGUUUCAUGUGAUAGAAGGUCAAAACAUGCAUGAUCAGAUUUCAGCGUGAUGAAAGUCCAAACACGCAUGAUGAGAUUGUGUUCUAUUUAUUUCAUUUUCUCUCAUUGAAAGUCCAAACGAGUGCUGGCCACAUACAUGUACAUGCCAUGCAUUAUGCUUGAUAACAGCCUGGAGAUUAGGAUUGUAGGCUCCUAUGGUUGCUUCCAAUUAAGUUUUAACAUGAAAAAUAAAUAUAUUGACCUAUCUUUCCUUACAGGCUGGUGAAAAGCAUCAACUACCUCAGCUCAUGAAGAAGGGUGGUAUAUCACUGGAUGAUAUCGUAGCCAUGUUGAUAAGAGUAUUUGUUGAUGCAUCCCCUCACAUCCCUGAACACCGUCAGCUUCCACUCUUUACACAUCUUAUCAGUACACUUGGUUCCCUUCAAUUUCUUCAUACUGCUGUUCUUCUGUUGCUUGAGAGGCAUGUGGUUCAUGGUGCAAGCAAUCCUGAUGGAGACAAACAGGUUUGUGUUGAAGUCAACCAGAAAUAGAUUCCCAUAGGAUUAUCUAGGAUUAACAAUAUAAUGGCCCUUAUGCCUGAUUACAUCAGAUGGGCAAAUUUCAUCACCAAGCCUUGUUUGUAAGCAAAAUAUUCUUUGGACGUGAGUAUUCUCUUUAACUCUGUUGCCUGGGAAAUCUUUCAUUCAAAACUUUGAAACUGUACAAUUUUAAAACAAGGCUUGGUGGUAAAAUUUGCUCAACUGACCUAAACAUGCAUUAGGGUUAUUAAUACUUUUGCAUGAUAUUAUAACCUGUCCUCACUCUAUUAUAUAUAGCCUGCCUUAUGCAGUCAAAUCCUCUAAAAAGACCCAUUUAUCAGGUGUACAAUCUUUAUAAUAGAGACAUCAGAGCCGAGAGCCUGUCUCAUUUGAUGAUAGGUUCUCUUAGUUGCACAUUACUUCCUCUAAGGCAUUAUUAGUACUUGUUCCAAAGGUGUUUUUCAUUGAUUAAUUACACGUUUUAAUUCUUUGUUUAAUCCCAUUACAGGUUGGCAUUAAGAAUCCUCUUGGAGUGGAGUUUUGUCUGAGCCUCUGCCACAAUUUUGACUCCCACGUCCAGGUACUGUUUACAACUACAACUUGAAAAAAAGAAGUAGUGCAUGGAGAGAGGCCUCGAGUGACUCCUGAUCCAAUUUUAAAUUCUCCCUUUGUUUCAUUAACUAACUAACACCAGGUAAUUUAUUGUGGAAAAAGAAUGUAAUAUCAAAUUGGAAGUCACUUGGGCUGUUAUACUCAUCAGCACUGCUUUAGUUGACACCUUCGAUUAGUUCCUUUACAAGGCUGUCACUUGGGGCUGGGGGCUGGGGGCUAGGGAUUUCCCCUGGCUUCUAUGAGCAUGUCUCACAACUAAUUUCACAGCAAACAAAUGGAAAACACAGCCAAGAGAACUUCAUAGCUGUUGAAUUCCCCACCUACUCAGGGCUAUGCUCUAGCAGAGCCUGGUGGGCCCUGGCACCUAACUUUUACUCUUGGGUGACUAGAUAAUCUUAGUUUUUUGAUACAAAUCAUAUGCUGGGCACCCUAGAUUUUACACGUUCAUAGCACUUGGCUCCCUACAAUUUUCCUUAUAUCACAGCCUUGCUACUAAUUACAUGUAGGUGGCAACUUGAAAUCCUAGUGACAGCCCUGCUGUAUCUUAAUUGACUCUUGCUAUUUUUAUUGCUCUUGCCUUUUGUUGUUUAUUUAAGGUUGAGGCCAUCUUAAAGCUUUUGCAGUUUAUUGAUCAAUUGCCACUUGAAAAACCUGAAGGUAAGUUACAUGACUGAGUGAUCAAUGUCAAUUUGCUCUUAACAAUAUUAAAACAUAAUCAAGAGAAAACAUUAUGAGAAUGAAUACAGCAAAAAAUGAAAGGAGAAUUUGUAGGUGGAUACUGUGGCUUAAAGAGUUAAGUUUAUCUUUCAUUACGACCGUAGAUAAUACAAGAUUUUUAGUUUUAUGAGACAUUUUCCAUUUUGUUAAGUCCAGUGGCUGAUGAAAAGUGUAUUCCCCGUGUUUGAAGGAGUGAUCCUUUUGAGAAGAAAAAUCACUGUUUGAGUCACUUUCUGACACUGGCUUUACCAACUAUGCAAAAUAAAUAAGGUAGUAAAAAACUGUUUGCUUGACCACAGCUUAUUGGUUGACUAACCAACAGAAUGAACAACUGAAUGAAUUGUCAAUUUACAAUAAACACAGUAUUGUUUGCAAGUUGUAUUGUUAUUUUUGUGGUUUAUUUGUUCAACCACACAAUCGCCAGUCUCUUCUUUGCUUUAGUACUGUCUAAUGACCCUUACACUUCUUCUUAGUUCGUCACAAGCCUAGGAUGAGUCGGAAAUCUGCCAGCACCUUCCUGGCUGUAAUACCUGUCUUUGAUGUAGACAAGCACUCUGCAAAACAUCUGCGGCAGUUCAAGUACACUUGCCUGACCCUUAUACCCUCCCUUCUUGACAGUGAAGACUUUGUUAGCAAGGUCAGUGCAAAGGUUUUAGGGUGGAAGGUUGGUUCCAGGGCUGGGGGGGAGGGGGGAGUCGAGUAGGUUUUGGGUGUACGAGUAGGAUUUGUAUUUAAGGUGAUACGUACCCUCUUAUAGAAAUUGGCAAAUCUUAAAUACCCGUUACUGUAAACUUGUAUUAGUGUAUUGUGAAGCUUUCCUGUGUUAGAAAUUGUAUUAUACCUGCUUGAAUUUUCUUGAAUAUGGAUACCUCAUUCUUGAUCUGUUGUUUCAUUGUCAUGGCCCCAUUAUACAGUUCAUAGCUAGCUCGUAGCUGCAUACAUAUCUAAGGGGGAGUAACCCUUCAGGCAAGAUUAUGUAGUGUCUAGUUGUAGUGACCUUAAUUCAACACCAAAAUUUGAUACAUCUUUCUACAGGUCCAUGAAGAGGGAGAAAUCUUAAACACACUGUUUCUCAGGUACUCUGUCAUUUUGUUGUUGGUUUUUUUUAUUACUGAUAGUGAAUCAAAAAAGAAGCCAGGUGAGGUGUUGAGUUGUAAGUGUAUUUUUGAAAAGUUCCCAAGUCAUGUGUGUAGUAGACAGCGUGCUAUUCUCUCAUUAAUUCAAGUACGUGAGGUGGAGGGACAUCCUUUAUGAAAUUAUUAUGAAGUCAUCUCGAUUAAAGAUGGGUGCCAGCAGUUCAGUGAACUGCGCUUUUAGGAGGUCAAUCAUAGGACCAUGUAUUGACCCUAGUUACUUUUGUCAUUUCAGAUUACUGGAAGAUACUCUGAACUUUAUGACUAAAGUAGCUCAGCACAGUGAACAUACACCUCAUGAUGCUAGCGGGAAAUUCUGGAAAGCAAUGCUGCACAAAACCUAUGAAAUUGUUGAUAAAGUAAGUCAUACCAUGUAUUUUGUAAACUCUCCAAAAUGAAAUUUUCUCAAAUGACAUCUGUAUGCAGCGGGGCUGUAUACCAAAGUUAGCUCAGUUUGUAGAUAUAUGGCCAAGAAGACAACCUCAUAUGUCUGUGUUUAAAAAGUAAGCAUUGUAUUUAGUUUGUCAACUUUUGGACCAAGGAAACUGUCCAUUUAUUGUGAGGCAUUAGAAUUGUAGAGGUGUCUUAGAGGAGAUGUUUAAAGUCGUGACCAAAUGGAGCUGAAUCAGUUUUGCUCAGACUUGAGUUGUGGUGUUAUCUAUUGUUUUUCACCAUGAAAACUACCUUUCUUUUCCAGGUUAACCUUCUCUUGCCUACCUCAGUAUUUUUCGAUGUCAUAAAGAAGCUGCUACACAGCAGCAGUUCUACAGUCAGGCGUAAAGCAAUGGAACUGUUGAAUAGUAAACUGAGCCAAUAUGCAGGGAGCAUUUCUGAAGAUCAGGUAUUUUACCCUUGACACUUUUGGGUACCUAUAAUCAGUAAAUCAAAUGGUUCUUCUAUUAAGCAUCAGAAAGGUUGGGCUGUUGUAAGACUCCUAGCCAGCUAACUUAAGACUUCUAAGAAGCAAGGAUUAGCAGAGGCGGUUAGUACACAGUCUAUAUCGUGCGAGAGGUCCGGAGUUCGAUUCCCAGGUGUGACCACAAAUACCUGUGUGACUUCUUUCCUUUGUGUGUAGCUUUAAGUUGCUUUAAAUACCCAUAAAACAGAGAACUGAUGUAGAGAGAGGGGGGGAGUAAAAUGAGCGCACCAUCCGCCUAAGGUUUGUCAGUCUAAUGUGUACUGUAACAAGUCACUAGACUACGAACACUCUCUCUUUUUUCUUGGUCCGUUGAGCGAAAUGUCCGAGACACACAAAUGACCACGUGCGAGGCUGAAGGCGCAAGACAGGAGAGGCACGACAAAAUCUGAAGAAAAAGAGAGGGUGCUCACAAUCUAACGAGUCACAUGUAACAACGUAAAAUAAGGACCUUACUUUUACCUGAAUCAAGAGUCCAUUCCAGUUCCCUCGCAAUGUGGAAAAGCUUUUUUGCUGUCAGGUGUGCUAAAACCACAUGGCAGUGGAAAGUUUUGACAUCAGCUCAUGUAAUCAUGAUAAAACUAUUGUUGAUUCAAAAGCACAAGAUAUUAACUUUUGAGCUACUCUGUAAAUUCGAGAUAAAAUUAAGUCAUGUAUGUUUGUAUCUGCAUGUAUGUCAUCCUUUUUAGGUACUGCAAGUAUGGACUUUGCUAGAAAUUUGAGUUUCCAAAUUUUCUUUGCUGUCUUUAUAGGUUGGGAUACUUCUUAACCUGUUGGCUGAGUUACUUCUGAUAUCAAGAGGCACAGGGGAAAGUGAAGAAUCCAUUAUAAACAGACAAACAGCUCUCUACAGUUUAAAGCUUCUUUCACGACUGUUGGCAAAAGACCAUCCAAGUCCUUUUAAGGAGGUGUGUCACUUUUCCUCACUCUUCACCACAGCAGUAAUGUUACAAAAUAUGUUGUAUUGUUGAAGUGAAUCAGCGACUCAAAUUUUGUUGUGUUUUGUUUGUUUAGGUGAUGUCCACAUCUAUUGAAGUGUUUUCGUCCAAAGAUGCUAAUGUGCAGGUCAGUUAUGCCUGGGUUGCCCGUGGAUAACCCCUGGGGAAUUGGGAGGUGCGGGGAAGUAACAUUUGGGAAGAGAAGAGUUCCCCCCCUUCUCUCAACCAUUCAAACUGAGACCUGUGCUCUGGUGUAUGGAAACAUAGGCAUAGCAAUAAUCAGCAACCGCGACAAAGUACUUGCUGUGUAUUAUUUCAACUGUCAGAGCUCAGAAUAUCAUACACAGACUGAAGAGUUGGAACCACAAUCUCUGCCUAUUUUACAGUACCACAAAUAAUACUACUUAUAAACUUUCAUUUGAAUGGUCACAGUAAAAUAUAACCCACUUUGUACAGCAUCAUAUGUGAUGUUGUUUAGAUUAAUUGUGAUCUUUGUCAUGUAUUUUAGGUUGCCUCCAGUGCACUGCUGUGUGCAGCAGAAGUGAUUAGUAGUCUUCAAGUCCAUGCCAUUCCUUUCUUACCACAGCUAAUGCCUUCUGUCCUGAAGUUAAUGAAAAGAACUGAAAAAGAAAGGUACUAUUAAAGAUUUUGUACCCACCUCUGCCUCUCCAGUGCUGUGAGCAGUAGAGAAGUAGACGACCAGACCAAAAACAGAGCUUUGAUAAACUACACAGCAUGAACUAUAAUUAUUGGUCCUAAAACUUCUUUUUAGGACCAAUUAUAGUUCAUGCAGGAGUGCCUGGGCGUGGUUACUAGGAAAAUUUAAGGAUCAGUUUGCUGCUAUUUCUUUGACUUGUUUAAAAGGCACCAGGCCAAAAAACAGGGCUUUAAUAAACCACACCUUUUAGGGCCAAACAUACCUACAAUAUAGUUUAUAUAGGAGUUCCGACGCUCUGUUACCAGACAGUAAGUACAGUCAAACACUGUUAAUAUGGACACUGAGGGGGCCAUAGAAAACGUCUAUUUUAAAGGGGUGUCGGUAUUAAGGGGCUUUUUUUCCCCAGAGACCAAUCAAACUGUCUGUAAUGAUGAGGUGUCUGUAUUGAAUGGGUGUCCGUGAAGUGGAGGUUUGACUGUACCGGAAAUGAGCCCUUGUCUAGCCCUAAGGACGCUCUUCUUGGCAGAAGGAAAAGCGGACUGAAGCCAUGAGCGUGGAGAAUCGAACUUGGGAAGUGCGCUAAGCGUACACUGUGGUGUUUGCUCUUGAAAAAGAAAAUGCUUGUUCAUAUGACUUGAUACUUGACUGAUGGUUUUUUAUGUGUUUUGUUAGGAACAGUUUGCUGACACUCUGUUGUGCUACUACUCUUCACAAGACCACCGAAGCCCUUCCUCACUUCUUGAGUCCUUAUUUGGUGGAUCUACUCAUUCAGGUGGGUACCCUGUUUUGAGUCCAUUUUUCUUCACAGGCAGCCCAUGUUGACAUAUUGGUCAUAAUGUAAUGUGGCGUUUGCAAGCAGAAUACGUUUUUUACAUGUCUGCUUUGUAGUCAACAAUGUAUUGUUUAAGGUUUAUCUGUAAGUCGCAGAGUUUAAACUGGUAGGUAGAGUAGUUUAUGUGUGGAAUAAGAUUACAGUCAACUCUCCCUUGACCGAAACCUCUUUACACACCUAGAGUUGGACCCUGUCUCUAUAAGACGGCGAACGCCUCUCUUAGACACUAAGGUGUCCAUCUUUGACUGAGCUGACUGUGAAAAGGGAUGGAAUAUGUCAGUCAGCUGUCAAUAUCCACCGGCAACCGGUGCUAUUGCCGCCUGCACAUUAUUGGAAAAAUGCAAAAAAAAAAACGGAGAAAAAAGUCGUUUAAUAAAAAAGGAAAAAGAAAUUGUUUUAAUUGCCCUGCAUAUUCUUUCUUGUAAAGCACCUUCCCAACCUGGCCAACACAUAUCCCUAGUAAUAUGUGUCCCCUUAACCUAGAAACACAUAUCCCUAGUGAUAUGUGUUUACCUACAUAGCAAACACAUAUCCCUAGUGAUAUGUGAUCCCCCACCUGGGAAACACAUAUACCUAGUGAUAUGUGUUCCCCCACCUAGGAAACACAUAUCCCUAGUGAUAUGUGUUCCCCCACCUGGGAAACACAUAUCCCUAGUGAUACGUGUUCCCCUACCUGGAGAACACAUAUCCCUGGUGAUAUGUGUACCCCCACCUAGGAAACACAUAUCCCUAGUGUUAUGUGUUCCCCCACCUGGGAAACACCUAUCCCUGGUGAUACAUGUUCCCCCACCUGGAAAACACAUAUCCCUAGUGAUAUGUGUUCCCCCACCUGGGAAACACCUAUCCCUGGUGAUACAUGUUCCCCCACCUGGGAAACACAUAUCCCUAGUGAUAUGUGUGCCCCACCUGAGAAACACAUAUCCCUAGUGUUAUGUGUUCCCCCACCUGGGAAACACCUAUCCCUGGUGAUACGUGUUCCCCCACCUGGGUAACACAUAUCCCUAGUGAUAUAUGUUCCCCCACCUGGGAAACACAUAUCCCUAGUGAUAUAUGUUCCCCCACCUGGGAAACACAUAUCCCUGGUGAUAUGUGUUCCCCCACCUGGGAAACACAUAUCCCUAGUGAAAUAUGUUCCCCCACCUGGGAAACACAUAUCCCUAGUGAUAUAUGUUCCCCCACCUGGGAAACACAUAUCCCUAGUGAUAUGUGUUCCCCCACCUGGGAAACACAUAUCCCUAGUGAUAUGUGUUCCCCCACCUGGGAAACACAUAUCCCUAGUGAUAUGUGUUCCCCCACCUGGGAAACACAUAUCCCUAGUGAUAUGUGUUCCCCCACCUGGGAAACACAUAUCCCUAGUGAUAUGUGUUCCCCCACCUGGGAAACACAUAUCCCUAGUGAUAUGUGUUCCCCCACCUGGGAAACACAUAUCCCUAGUGAUAUGUGUUCCCCCACCUGGGAAACACAUAUCCCUAGUGAUAUGUGUUCCCCCACCUGGGAAACACAUAUCCCUAGUGAUAUGUGUUCCCCCACCUGGGAAACACAUAUCCCUAGUGAUAUGUGUUCCCCCACCUGGGAAACACAUAUCCCUAGUGAUAUGUGUUCCCCCACCUGGGAAACACAUAUCCCUAGUGAUAUGUGUUCCCCCACCUGGGAAACACAUAUCCCUAGUGAUAUGUGUUCCCCCACCUGGGAAACACAUAUCCCUAGUGAUAUGUGUUCCCCCACCUGGGAAACACAUAUCCCUAGUAAUAUGUGUUUCCCUACCAGGGAAACACAUAUCCCUAGUGAUAUGUGUUCCCCCACCUGGGAAACACAUAUCCCUAGUGAGAUGUGUUUCCCCACCUGGGAAACACAUAUCCCUAGUGAUAUGUGUUUCCCCACCUGGGAAACACACAUCCCUAGUAAUAUGUGUUCCCCUACCUGGGAAACACACAUCCCUUGUGAUAUGUGUUCCCCCACCUGGGAAACACACAUCCCUAGUGAUAUGUGUUCCCUUACCUGGAAAACACACAUCCCUAGUGAUAUGUGUUCCCCUACCUGGGAAACACAUAUCCCUAGUGAUAUGUGUAAACCCACCUGGGAAACACACAUCCCUAGUGAUAUGUGUUCCCCCACCUGGGAAACACAUAUCCCUAGUGAGAUGUGUUUCCCCACCUGGGAAACACAUAUCCCUAGUGAUAUGUGUUCCCCCACCUGGAAAACACAUAUCCCUAGUGAUAUGUGUUCCCCUAAGUGGGAAACACAUAUCCCUAGUGAUAUGUGUUCCCCCACCUGGAAAACACAUAUCCCUAUUGAUAUGUGUUCCCCCACCUGGGAAACACACAUCCCUAAAGAUUUGUGUUCCCCCACCUGGGAAACACACAUCCCUAGUGAUAUGUGUUCCCCCACCUGGGAAACACACAUCCCUAGUGAUAUGUGUUCCACUACCUGGGAAACACAUAUCCCUAGUGAUAUCUGUUCCCCCACCUGGGAAACACACAUCCCUAGUGAUAUGUGUUCCCCCACCUAGGAAACACAUAUCCCUAGUGAUAUGUGUUCCCCCACCUGGAAAACACACAUCCCUAGUGAUAUGUGUUCCCCCACCUGGGAAACACAAAUCCCUAGUGAUAUUUGUUCCCCCACCUAGGAAACACACAUCCCUAGUGAUAUGUGUUCCUCCACCUGGGAAACACUAUCCCUAGUGAUAUGUGUUCCCCCACCUGGGAAACACACAUCCCUAGUGAUAUGUGUUCCCCCACCUGGGAAACACAUAUCCUUAGUGAUAUGUGUUCCCCCACCUGGAAAACACACAUCCCUAGUGAUAUGUGUUCCCCCACCUGGGAAACACACAUCCCUAGUAAUAUGUGUUCCCCAACCUGGAAAACACAUAUCCUUAGUGAUAUGUGUUCCCCUAACUGGGAAACACAUAUCCCUAGUGAUAUGUGUCCCCCCACCUGGGAAACACAUAUCCCUAGUUAUAUGUGUUCCCCCACCUGGGAAACACAUAUCCCUAGUGAUAUGUGUUCCCCCACCUGGAAAACACAUAUCCCUAGUGAUAUGUGUUCCCCCACCUGGGAAACACAUAUCCCUAGUGAUAUGUUUUCGCCCACCUGGGAAACACAUAUCCCUAGUGAUAUGUGUUCCCCUACUUGGGAAACACAUAUCCCUAGUGAUGUGUGUUCUGUACUCGCAGUGGUUGUCUCAGUCUUGAAUUAUUAAUGUUAUGAGAAAUUUUGUCGCCUAGGGAUUGCAAGUUCUUUUUUUUUGUUUCGCAUUUCUGAUUGAACCAUCUGUUGUGUGAUUUGUAUCUCGCUUUCUAUCUGACGUCUUUGCAUUCUUGCACCAAAGUUUCGCUGAGAUGCUAUCAUGUUUGACAGCUGCUACCAACUUGGAUUGAACUGUAUAUAUCAAUAGUGAUAUGUCUUCCCUAGUGGCCUUGCCGGGGAUCACAUGUCGGCUACUUUCUCUUAUUCUCGUUCCACUUAAAAUCUUUGUGACUACCCUGCCAGUUGUGUAGGAGUAUUGUUAGAAAACUCAAUUUCCAGUUACCGGUCUGAAUGAUACUCUAAUCUGGGCUAUUCAGUGGUGCUGUCGUCGAGUAUCCCAAUGCAGAAAAUAGUUCAAGUCGUGUCUUUUUCGUCUUCACAGCUAGAAUGAGUUUUAAUUUUGUUUUCUAGGCAACAAAUUCUUCACUUACAGAAGGCCAGGUUACUGAGAGUCUAGAAGAACAAGCCGAGGUUACAAAGCAGGCCUCACUGGAUUUGCAACUAAAGGAUCGUUUGAUUGCACUGAGGUUUGAAGAAUUAUUCUUGUAUUGAGUUUAUUUAAUUUGCUCAGUUUUUUUAGAUAAGAGUUGCGUUAUCUGUCUGGCAUGGCAUCACUAGGGAGGUUAACAACCACGUACAUGCCAUUCGUGAGAAGGAGUCUGGGGCCCGUUUCUCGAAAGUCUCGGUAACGUUUCGGGCCCGAAAUCAAAUAUUCAAAUAGAAAUUAAAAAAUAAGAGCUUGGGUCCUGGCUAGAAAACUACUCCAUUUUGUUUCAUUAACUGAUAGUUUUAUCAUGUUAGAUGCAAAACUACUGAAACCGCGGUCUUUAAUGUAAACGGCAACAGCUUACCGGGCCCGUUAAUUAUCGGGACUUUCGAGAAACGGGCCCCAGGGCCGGGUUAAUUUUCGCAAAGACUUCUGGGAUUGUUACUAGGAACAAAGGAAAAAAUUAGCCAAUAGCUGACCGGCUCAUCCCCAAUAACCAUCCCAGAAACAAUUGCGGGACACUAUUCGGUUCCAGUUCCCUUCUUCUUUGUCAAAAUAACAGCUAUUUUAACUUUUACAAUGUAGCUGAGUUAUACAGAAUGAAAUGGUCGGGAUAGCGUUUAAGGCUAAAAUGCAAAUGUGAAUUCAUUUCAAGAAUUCACAUUCUUCACAUAACCUGCCAUUUUGCUAAUUUUUGAGCUCUCGUAUUUCUGACGUUGUCGUUUUGCCAAAACGUUAAACAGAUUUUCAAGAAUGAAUUGUUUGCAGCGCGUUGGUUUCUGCCGAUAAUUAUUAUAAGCAUUUUGUUUGUGCUGUCACCCUCGUCGUUGCUUAAGUCCUCUCCAUAACUGAAGUCAAGGCGAAGCACGGUUUCUCCUCAAUGCGAUGGUUGUUACACUUGAUUUUGCCAGUGCACAGCAACGAGAGCUGUAUGCACAGAUUUGGCCAUAUCAAUGAGUAUUACGCGUGUUAGUGAUCGCUUUCUAGAUGAAAAGAGAAGCCUCUCCUUGAAACAAUAGCUGUUCACCAUCCCAAGGUUACACUCAUUCCGUUUUGCUUAAUUUUCUCUUGCGACAGGAAAGAGCUGUCUUCCAAGAUAUCUCCUAGAGUACUGAUAUCUGCUGUGACCGAGUGUUACCACAAAGUUGUAAUAAAACACAAGGUGUGAGAGAAUACGUGUUUAUGUGUAAAAUUUUCGAAGUUGCUCUGGGCAAUCUGUGAGAGAGCGAGGGAUAAACUAGGACUGUCUUUUUUUCUCCUUCAGGAGUGUGUGGUGUCACUUAUGAGCCUACUUGCAGAUUGUGUUAGCGGCAUGACGAAGGAGGAUAUCAAAACCCACCAGUCAAACCUGUUUAGCUUGUUUUUGGAAGUGCUGGAUUUUAGAGUGCAACACACCCAGGAAGUAGGAAUUUCAAAUAUAUAUUUUGUUUUAUAUGAUGAAGGUUUAUUAAGACUCCACGGACUCUAAAGUACAUGUAAGUCUAUUAACUCUUAUUUCUUUGGCAUAUUUCAGGACGAUGAUGAUUUAGUAGACAAGACAGAGGGUAGAGUUAUCGAAGCAUUUUUGUGUCUAGUGGUCAAACUGUCUGAAGUAUCCUUCAGACCAAUGUUUCUACGGGUAUGUGUUCAUUUGUUGUGUUUGAUUUAUUGUUUAAUGAUAUAUUAAAAGGUCAAGGCUUUCCCUCUGAAGCCGACAGGGCGUGUCUGUUAAUGCUCUAUUGUUUAGCUCCAAAAUAGUUGGGUUUGCUAAUAGGAGCUUGGAUUUUCAAGUUCCAAUUCCCAAUUUUUGCGAGUAACUAUCUCGCAUAUUGUAAGAUGAUUAUCUACAAUGUCAAAAAUUUCCCCGGAAAGUAGAAUAAGAACGCUGCGCAUCUCGAGACGAGCUAAUUAUUCAGUGACCUUUCUCGUUUGUAUGAUACGGUUAGAACUGCUUUAACUUACAAGGAACAACUCACCAAAUUUGCGGCCGCGCGGUGAUUAGUGACUUCAGUAAAUGCGUCUGUGCUCUCAGGCUGGGCUGGGGGGAGGGUGUGUGUUGGGAAGGGAGGGGAUAGAGACGGUAAAUGUUUUCUAUUUGUCUGUGCAAGGGCUCAGAGUGGUAUUCCUCCUUUAAUUGGAGCCACAUAGUAUCUAUAGGACUGUUAGAGUAUAUUUGUCUUUUUGCAAGAGGAUGUUAAUUUGGUGCCUGAAAAAGUAAUCACAACUGGUACUUCAUUCCAGCUGAUAGACUGGGCGACCAGGUCUUCUUCCAGCAAGGAGCGGCUGCUUGUUUUCUAUCGUCUGUGCGACAGGUAAAGAACAUUUUGUCAAUUAUUGUGUGUUACGAUGCUCUGUUUGCUCGCUAUUUCGCCUUACUUUUAAUCUUGUUUUAUUCAACUCCUAGCGUGGCUGCUAAACUGAAGGGUUUGUUUGUGCUGUUCGCUGGUUAUCUUGUCAAGAACUGUGCUUCCUUGCUAGAUGCGUCCAACAUUUCCAAAACAGGUAAAUUCAUAAGAAACGUUGAACUUGAUGGCUGCCAUAGAGCCGCACGUUAUUAUCCCCAGUAUACGCCAUUUUGAUAUUGCGCAAGACAUUGGCUCAGUUUAUUGUCGAAUUACGCUACGAGCCAGUUUUGGAUGACGCUGUCAUUCAUUAGUUGGCUAUUAGAAGCUUGCACAGAAAACUGAGUCCAAAUUCGUCCUCAAUUCAAUCCCAUAGUGCAAUAGGGCACAACACCGAGCCAGUCUCUUGCGCAACCUGAAAAUGGCCUGUAAGUGGUCUAAAAAAUUGCUAGUGGAGAUAAAAGGAUUCUUUUUGUGUUAAGUUAAUGAAGAGGGUUUAAGAUAGGCUGUAUCCAGUUAAGUUGCAAAAUGCCAAAACUGUUUGGCCUUGGUGUUUAGACUGGUCACUAACGUAUAACAGGUCAAUGCCAAAAGUUGCAGGAAAAUUUGUUUAUGUACCAAACGACACGUGUUUAGAUUAUUGUGCCAAAAUAGGAGAUGCCUGUUACACUGUCAGAAAAAAAGAGUUUUGCCAAAGAUAAACCGUUUUCUUUCCACUUCUAUAGAAGAAGGCAUCUUCCCAGACGUGUCUAAGAAUAGAGGAACACACCUGACAUGUCUUCUACUAAAUUACCUUCUGGAUUGUUUACACAAGUGUCUCUUGUACGACAAUCAUGGAUUCCUGGACGGCGAUCGAUUCCAAUGUUUGAUGCAACCGCUUGUGGAUCAGGUAAGAUGCUAGGCGUGACACUUAUUCCUGUCUUGUCAGUAUCCUGUUUUCAAGUCACCGUGUGAUAUGGGACCUUCCUGUUAAUAUGUAUGACAGUAUGGUAACCUAGAAAUAAAAGUUGCGCACUACAUAAAAGUGCGUGAUGGGCUUGUAUGUCCCAAAAUGCACCUUUUAACAACACUACAAGGGGGCAAGUGGACUGGAAUGACAUGCGCAAAAAAAUUGGAAGUGUCCCAAGUUUUUUUGACGGGGUUUAUAGAAUUGGUCCCUGUGAUUCUUAACUCCUUUUACGCGGCUCUUGUCCCAUAGGGUUCCACCUUAGAAAAUCGAGAGUCUUUAAGCUCCAGCUGAAAAAUCAAUCAUGGCACAAUGGCAUAAGAUGAGAGCGAAGUAAGUUUAGAGAAAGCACAUCACAUCAACCUAUUUGCAAAGAGCCCGAGGUUGGAGGAAGCAGCAUGAUAUAGCAGAACAGGUCUCAUAACAAGUUCGUUUAAUACUCCAUAUCCUAAAUUCACUUCUUGAAUCCAUCUUCUUAACGUUUGUUUGCAGACUGAAAAUCCAUUAGGAGGUGAAGCUGAAUUCAAACAGCGUUUAACCAAUCAUUUGGUGCCCUGUGUCUCACAGUUUGCGGUGGCUGCCGGGAACGAUGCGCAGUGGAAACCUCUGAACUAUCAAGUGUUGCUCAAAACACGUCACAAGUCUGCGCAAGUUCGCUUCGCGGCACUGAAAGUAUUGGAGGGUAUCCACGCUCGACUAGGAGAAGAUUUUAUGGUCCUCCUGCCAGAAACCAUUCCUUUCUUAGCAGAGCUCAUGGAAGGUAGGUCACGCACCCUUUAAUCCCCUUAGUCACGUAAGUUUCUUGUAACGCAACCCAACUCUGUAUGAUAAGCCAAUGGCAUGGCUUGAAAGGACUUUUCGAGGUGUUUUUAAUGUUUUUUUGUUUCUAUUCACUUUUUUAGAUGAAUGUUUUGAAGUCGAGCAACAAUGUCAACAUCUGAUCUCGGAGAUUGAACGAGUCCUGGGAGAACCACUACAGAAGUAUUUUUAAUUCUCGGACAUCGACUCAAGUCGUGCUGUUCAGCCUGUUCGAAGAGCCAUGGAGGGGUGGGGAUAUACAGGAACAAUAUGCUUACGUUUUUCCAAUCCCCUCCGCUAGAUUAAUAGAGAUUUUAAGGAACGACACGGCGAUGACAAGAAGAGUUUCCAAAAAGUAUUAAGUCAAAUCAGCAAAACAACAACUCUGCACGUGCAUCACACGUUUUGGUAAAUUUAUUUUCCGCCCUUUAACGUGUAAUUCUGUAACCCAACGUUUAAGGCGCGGUGUAAAGAAACAAGUGUUUUAAGUGCGGUCUUAAAAAAUUGAACUUCAAGAAAAUUCACUUACAUAUGACAAAUUGAGCCAGUCGGCUCGCUUCACUUGCAGUUUCUUUUUUUACUUUGCGUCCUGUUAUUCGCCAUUUUCCCCAUUAAGUAACCUGGUCCCAGGCUAACUCAGAUAACACGCGGCGUGGCUACUAUUUUACGCAUGUGUGUAGCUAUAUCACACGGCCAGUAAUGCCAUGAGCAGCUGUUUCGAUCUCAUUUAUGCAUAUCAGCAUGGCCUAACCGUCAGGCCACCGUUAACGUCAAUCAGUAUCACGUGACCAAGCUUUCCCUCUGCUUGUGCUAAACUGUUUUAUACGUCUUCAGGAACUGUGAAUCUAAAUCUCUUAUCAUUUGAAUAAAGACUUAACAAAAAUUACAACUUUUAUUUCCUGUUUUAAACUCGAUGCUGUUAUUUACGUUAUUUAUGCAGUACUCCUGGAGGAUAAUUGUCUUGUCUUUUUAGACCUGCCUAUUGAAC